CUGACGGCCCAGGCGUGUCCUGCAGCGGCCACUGAUAGGUUCCCACGCGCGCAACCGGCCGUUGACCAAAGUACUUGGCGAGUGUUGCGCGCCUCAGCUUCCGUGGGGUUUGCGGCUGGCGCGUCACAUGGUCGGGCCCUAUUUCCGGCGCGAGGAACAUUUCACGCGUCGCGUAGUGAUAACCGUUACAUCGGGUCGCCGCCCGGGGAGAGGCGCCAUCGCUACCUGCUCCCCGCGCCCUCCGGAGGCCGAUUUGGCGGGCUCUGGCGCCAGCAAAGGAGUUGAAGAUUUACCAGUCCUAGGUGACCAAGCAGUUUCGCAAAUAACCCUCCAGCAAGUUUAAAAAUAACUAGGCCCAACUCAGAGAAAGCGGAGUUGCUCUGGUUGCACAAAAAAGAUGUCUAGCUGCUCCAGUGAAUUCGAUGUGAUAAGAACACGAAUCUCAACUUAUGAUGAUGAUGACAUUGACCUUUAUGCAUAUGAACCACAUACGGCAUAUGUCAAUAAUGUCAUCUAUGAUGCUGUUCAAAACCUGGAUAAGAAGUUUGAUGUUAUUCAUGGAAAGGUUAAAAAACUCUACCGUUUUCAUAUGAAGUCAUGGUGGCAAAAUCGUAAGCUAUUUGGAUAUGCAUAUAAAAAUUAUAGUUACCUGCUUUCUAAAAAGAUCAAAUACCAGAAAAUGAGGAAGAAGGAGUCUCUCUCUCCAUCCUCUUACCCUCAAAGACAUAGCCCCACUAUUCCAGUACAAAAGCCGGAAGAUGAUUCCAAGAGCAGCCCCACUAUUCCAGUACAAAAGCCGGAAGAUGAUUCCAAGAGCAGCCCCACUAUUCCAGUACAAAAGCCGGAAGAUGAUUCCAAGAGCAGCCAUCUAGGAGACUCUUUUCAGUCCCACGAGGCUCUGGAUCUGGAGCAAUCCGUCAGCCUGAGCCCGAAGAUCCCCACGCAUUCUCACCAGCAGUGCUGCUCGCCCGAGAACCCCCUGCAGGGCUGCUCCAGUCCUAGCUACCACAGUCCAGAGGCCCACAACACCUGCAGUCUUUUCUUAGCCACCCAGUCCACUGCAGUCGAGCCUGCAACCAUGGUGACCCAGGGUGAACGCAGUCCAGCACGUAACCCUGACAUGAUGGCCUACCCAGCUUUACCGGAAAACAAGAGAUUCAGCCCCGCUGGCUCACCUUACUACGUCCCGACCGGCUUCGCUCCAAGUUAUAUAGCUGUACCUGACCCCAGUGUCCUGAAACAAGGCUUCUCUAAGGACCCUUCAACCUGGUCUGUGGAUGAAGUGAUACAGUUUAUGAAACAUAAAGAUCCUCAGAUAUCAGGCCCCCUCGCCAACCUCUUCAUGCAACAUGACAUUGAUGGGAAAGCUCUGCUACUGCUCAAGAGUGACAUGAUGAUGAAGUACAUGGGGCUUAAGCUGGGGACAGCUGUGAAGCUGUGCCACUACAUUGAAAGGCUUAAAACAGAUACUUCAACAAUUUAAAAAGUGUGUAGAUUAGACUGGACUUAAUUCUAGGGAGACCAAUGCCAUCUUUUCUCUGCCCUUAGAAGUUUUUGUUGUGUAGAAAGUUCCUCUAAAAUACUGUGUAUCCGAAAUCACAGAACCCUGGGACAGUCCAGUCUACUUCUUUAGAAGCCAUUUAACAUGUUAGCACUAGCAUAGUCAAACUGGUCGUUUGGUCUUUGUAUCUUUUCAUUGCAUAGUUUAUAGAUACACUUCAUGCAGGAAACAGAGAAACACCUUUGAUUUUGGUUAAUGUUUGUAUGUAAAACCAAAACAGCCAAAUCCCAAAGGGGAAAGUAGUCAGGGAGGGAUUGACGGGUUCCCUAAGGAAAUCCAUGAGGAGUUUUCUUUAGAAGAGAAUUUAAAGAUGCAACUGUAGAUACCAUCUCUUUCUCAACUAUUUUAUGUCUGUUACUGCAAUGUUCUGUUCCUGUUCUAUCAGUUUCCUGAAAGGGAAUAGCCACAUAAAUCACUUUCCUUUCUGUUAUUAUUUCGCUGUAUGUUUUACCUGUUCCUGUUUAAAGAAAAGAAAAAGCAGCCUUUUAAGAUUUCAUGAAGCGUUCUUACCAGUUUUUUAAAAUUAUAAGGUAGAUAGUCAUUUUAUGCAAGAGGUAUUACACUACAGGGGUGGGUUGGAUGGAGUCUGACUAUAUUCUUUUCAAUUAAUAUGUUUCAUUUUAAAACUUCCUUAUUUUGUCUAAGCUUCAACAUUUAACUAGGCAUUCAUUGUUCACAUCUCUCCAUGAAGAUGCCUGUGUCCAAGUUUUUUAAAGAUGUGUUUUAUUAUGUUUAUUCCUCAUAUGGGUACUGUUUCAUAUUUAUAUUUUGUUCUGUAUCUGAAGUAUACACACAAGUAAAUCUUUUCUUUUUUAAUUUAAAAUGGCACUUUACACUUCCACAGAGGUGAAGAUCAACUCUACAUAUAGUGAGUUUUUUUAUUCUGUAAAACAUAUGCACAUCGUUUGACAUCACUGGUACCUCUCAGCUCACACUUCAGGGUUUCCAUACAGGGAAGUUCUGUCUUGUGCAAUGUUUCUAGUUAAUUUCCUUUCUGAGCCAUUUAUCCUACUAAACUUUGGAAGGUACAUCAGUUCUGAUUUGUCAUUUUAUUUAAAACUUUAUUUUAAAAAUCAGAACUUUCACAUGGAACAUGUUCAUUGUUGUUUUAUUUAUUACAUCGUUAUAUAAUAUUUCGUGUAAUGUUAUAAGCUAUGAGAAAUGGUGCUAAUUGUAUUAUCCAUUUGUUACAGAUGCCAAUAAGAUGUUCACCAGGGGUAAGACCGUACAUUUUCUUUUUAGAAAACCAAGUGUACUUUAUAAGCAAAUGCAACUAUUUACUGGGCGUAUAUGACUUAAAGGGCUUUUUCGUCUGUGUUAUUUCUUUUGUGUUAUAAGACAAGAUUCUAAUUUAAACUUUUCCUUCUUUCACACUGUUUGUGUGAAGAUGCUGUGCCACUUGAACAGUCCUCAGGUGUUUGUAUAAACACUACGUUUGACAGUUUUCAGAUUUUAAAAUAUAAUAAAGUUUAAUAACCGCAACCA